CAGGCCUUCUGUUGAGCAUUUACUACUUGUUUAUCUUCUGCCUAAGGUACAUUUUUCUGUAUGUAUUUAAAACAUUGAGUGGGACACKAUUUAUUUCAGUCCCACAAAUACACUUAAGAUUCUGUGUGUAUAAAGGACAUUUUACAUGCCUCUGUAAAAUGCCAUACUGGGUACACUGAAACAAUUUGCAUGUGAAGAGUUCUCACCAGCUAUAAAUGUGGUUGUUCCAAUGGGUGAAAAGACAAUUGAAUUCAAACAAUAAAUUCUAAGAUGCAUCUGCAGUUCAGCAGUGUUAUUUGUGAGAAUACAGUUUUUCAUUAACAAUACACUGUUGUUAUUGAUAGGGAAACUGGUAUUUUAUUAACUCUAAGUAUGAAAAUUGUUCCACACCUGUUUGUCAUGGAUUGUAUGUGGUGGACUUUGCUCAGUGUAAUUGUGUGCAAUAGCUGAAGCAGAGUUCAAAAGUCUCCAYUGUUGUUAGAUCUCAAGCUCCCAAGAAGUUGUGUUUCUCAACCAAAGGGCUGGAAAAGGAAAAAAAGGUUCUAAUUUUUUUGGGGGAUAGAUGGAGGGAGGGGGGAGGUUACUAGUUUAUGAAUGUUCCUCUUGAAAAAUAAGACUCCAAAACUGAAUGGUUAAGGCAGAAUGUUGGUCAUGUUGUGGUUAUUUGGUGUUGAUUUUUUUAAAUGUCAAACUAUUUUCACUUUCUAUUUAAUUCUUUCUGUGCUGAACUUAAUUAACCUUAAUUYUACAUUUUACACAUAGAUACUAUGGAUAACCUUCACUUGCACAUCAUUGCUAUGGUCCUUUACUUUAAUCUUCCUGGAUCUGUGGGAACGAAGUCACGGUGGAUUCUUCCUGCUACACAUCACCAUUCAGAGUGCCGGUGGGAUGGGCUGUUCUUACUGAAUUGCUCUUUUACCAGARUAGCUACUAUUCCAGAAGAUAUAUCACAAAUAGCAGUAACAGCUGAUUUUAGUUACAAUAAUAUUAAAACUUUUCCGUGCUCUGAUGGAAGAAACGAAGAAUGGAUGCUGAAACACCUGAACCUCAGUAACAACCUGAUUUCUGAACUUACCUUAACUACUUGUACAGAUUUACGCAAUUUAGAAACUCUCAACCUCAGUGAUAAUGCCAUCCACACCCUCACACUGGACAUGGGUAAAAUAUACAGAACUGUUGAUCAUCUCCUGCCCGCUUUGAAAGUAUUGUCAAUUGAAAGAAAUAAUCUUAAUACAGUUCCAAGAGGACUAGGCUUCCUGCAAUCUUUACAAACUGUCCAUAUGUCAUCCAAUGCCAUACAACAGAUUGACUCAAAGGAUUUUCAAAACUGUUCACAGCUGAAGGAUAUUGACCUACGAAACAACAAGAUAACUAAAAUUCAUCCAGAUGCCUUCAGACAUCUCAAUAAAUUACAGGUCGUGGAUCUCCGUGAAAAUGCACUGACAAUCCCUCUACCACAGAUAAUUAUCAGUUUGAACUUUUUUCAGUURGAAGUAUAUUUGUCAAAGAAUGCCUGGAUAUUUAACUGCAGGCUAAAUGCUUUUAAACAUUUAUUUCAUUUUCUUUUUGACUCCACGGAGAGAAAAUGGAGCCUUUCAUACAAUAAAUCUGCCAACAACUCCCAGAAACCUCAGCUGUAUCUUUCAAGUUUCCAUUUAAACUGCAGGGACGGUGUUUUGCUCAAAAGGGCUACAAUACCAACAGGAAACACAUCAGUGCUGACCUGUAACUUGGACAACAUAAGGGGUAAUGGAGUCUCUUGGUGGACACCUGAAGGCAGAAUUUCAAAAAAUCACAGUCUUCCUCAUAUGACACUGGAUAAAAUGAAUAAUUUAGUGAUAYACAAUGCUGGGAAAACUGCUGAAGGAUUAUAUUUGUGUCUUUUUAAUACAACAAAGGAGGAAUAUCUCAUUUACAAUAUACAGGUGAAAGAAGGAGUUUCAGCAUUUUUGGUUAGAAAAGGCCAGGACAUUAACACUGGUUUUAGACAGAAAGAAACAGAGCCAAAUUUUGCACUGGCUGUCUCCCUCUCUGUGCUCAUUACAUUUGUUUGUGCUUUUUGUUUGGGUGCUUUCGCUAGACCCUACCUGRUGAACCUGUGGAGACUCAUGCACAGGAAUAAAAAUUCAGGUUCAGAACAUACGUAUUGUAAUCAAGCUUUUUCAGACGAAACCUUGAGCACAGAGUCUUCUGCAAGCAAGCCAACAAAUAUGCAGGGUAAUGUGUUAUUUUGUGGUAAGAAUUCUUUGAGAAACACAGACAUUUUUCCUACAGAAAGUUCUACUUUGUAUGAAAAUGUCACUGAUAGUGGUGCACAUCCACCAAAUCCCGAAGCAGAGUACCAGAAACAAAGCAAUACUGAGAUCAACAUGAAGAAAACACCAGAAGUCCAAACUAGUACUGACAAUAAUGAAAGCGUACAUGUUUAUGAUAAUGGACUAUUUUCUGUCCAUUACCACAACAGCARUGAAUUAACACCAAACAGCCAAGUAAGCAACAACUCUGGUCUGCUGCAGUCUGACAUCACAAAGGCAACAUCAGUUUCUCCAGAAAGUAAAGGUAUUGUUUCACAUAAUGAACCCAGGCACACUACAAAAUUUAUGCAGGGAAGUCAAAUCUGUGAAGAACAACUUGGUCUAAAUGGCAACAAAAACAGACCUAGCGAUGCUGGAGAUUUUGUUUCACCUAGUAGCUCCAGARGAGAUGCAGAUAUUGAAAAUUUAAGCAUCCAUGAAACAGAAAACUCUCCCCUUACAGAGCAUGAYUGUAAAAGGAUACAUUCAGCUGAAAAAGAUGCUUCAGCCGAUAUAUUUGGUGACAGUUCUUCAGCUGAAGGAACUCCAUUCACAAUGAGUGACUGUAGUUCUUUAGCAGACUCUGAACUGGAACAACCUUAUGUUAGUGACAACCUGCCCAUCUGUCAGUCAUCACUGGAAGACGCCAAUAUAAACAGUGGAACUGAGAAGCUCUUGAUAUUGCCAGAGUCCCCAGAUGUUACUGCUGAACUUCAGCAGAUUGGGAAAAAUGAAGAUGGGAACAGUGCCUAUUUUGAAACCACUAUUAAUUAUGGCUCAGAUAGCACCAUGCAUGAAACARCAUCCCCUUACACUGAUAAAUGCAGUGGCCAUGUAAGCACAUYAGACCCAGAUACAGUUAGUUCUUCAAGUCAAGCAGUUCCAAAUACAUUUGAUUAUUUUACUAAUGCAGAGUCACCAGUACAAAACUCUAUUUCUGAUUCUCUCCAUGGUGAAAGUACAGAUUUGGGUAACACAGUACUCAAGUUAAAACAUUCUCCCACGUAUGACACAGAGAACAUUUGUGAAGAGGCUGAGCUGCAGCCUUCUCUGCUUCCCAAUGAACCACAACAUUCCCUCAACUUCAGUCACACUGAAAAGAAAGAAAAUGCACCAGAGAGAAGUACAGAUGAGCACAUAGCCAGGAACAACCCUGAAAAGAAUCAUGGUGAAGCAGACAUUACAUUAAGAAAAAACAUGAGUACAUCUGAGGACAAUGGYUUUAUUUUUGCUCCCAUUGAUACUGGCUUGAAUGAAGUUGUGAAAAGAACAUCACUGCUGCAUUCCAGCAAAGAAUCAUCUCUUCAACUGCUGCCUGAACACACAGCUGAAAACCUUUUUAUGUUUAUUACACAGCAAGAUGACUUGCUACCACAGGGGAAGCAGACUUGUGCAGAUCAAAUAAAAGGAGAUUCUGAUGAGAAAAAUUCUGAUGGAUGCACAGAAUUACAGGAUGCCAGCAAGUGCAGUCUGCCYGAAGAAACACAGUCUUGUAAUCUUACAGCAGAUCUGCUGCAUCUUCUUAGUUCUGGGAAAACAGAGUCAGAUUUCACAACAGAUUAUCACUUCCAACUGGAUCAGAGUGAUGAGGAUGCAUAUUCCUUCUCAGUCCCACGAGGUUUCUUCAGUGAAACCACACAAAACAGUUCAUGUUCCUUGCCACAAAAGCCUACAGGAAAUACAAUCUCUGAAAGCACUGAUUCCAGCAAGAUGGUGUAUCACACUACUUUGACAGAACUGGAGAACCAUUCUACAACAGCUGUAGAACAUCUCCAAAAUUCCAGUGAAAAUCUCAGUCAAGAAAGUCAGACAAAUUUAGGACAGGAGCAGUUUUUUAUUAAGAAGAAAAGAGCAUUUGAUGGAUUUGCUAAUAUUUUGCAAAGCAGGAGAACAAACUUCAAUAGUUAAAACACUAAAUGGUAAUACUAAGCUCCCCGAUUGUUCAUUUCAUURCAGCAGGUGAAAAAAUGAUUUUCAGAGCGAAAUGACCUCUGUUUAGAAGGGUACUUGUAAAAAAAAAAAAAAAAACAGUAACAGAUUUUAUAAA